AUGAAUCAAACUCUUAGACCAUUACAUUGGGAUGUAUAUCUUGCUUACUUGGAUGAUAUUAUUGUUUAUUCCCCUUCCUUUAAUCAAUAUCUUUUAGACGUUAGUCACAUAUCAACACUACUCAAGCAAUUUACUCGCAAAGGUUUUCCAUUUAUAUGGACUAAACCAGAACGAUUAUCAUUUGAUCAAUUAAAAGCCGCUGUAACAUCUCCUACAGCUCUUAUUCUGCCUGAUCCUUCACGACCAUAUACUAUUCGUACAGAUCCUUCACAUGUCGGUAAAUAUGCUGAUAUUGAACUUGAAGCAUUAGCUAUUUGGUGGAACGUUAUUCAAAAGCUUCGAUCAUAUAUUGAAGGUCAACAAUUUUUUCCUGGAACUGUUGAUAAACCAUUACUAUCAUUGAUGAAAAAGCCUUAUUAUAAUGCUCGUAUUGAACGAUGGAUGACAAUAUUACAACAAUAUGGUAUGAUUAUCCGACAUAUACCUGGAAAAGAAAAUACAACUUUUGAUGCUCUUUCCAGUUAUUCAAUUGAUAAACCUGAUGUCAAUGAUGAAGAUGCAUCUGGUAUUGUUACUUCUUCAAAGCAAACUGAAGAUCUUCUCGUCAAUAUUGUUACAACUCAUUCAAUGCCACGACUAUAG